AUGGUAAAUCCGAAUAUAUAUAUUUUUUCGAGUUGCAUUUUCAUUGCUGCAGUAACUUUUGGCUUCGAAAUGGUUCUGUACAACAUAUACAAGAAAUACACUGACCAGCUUCAGAGGUUUGAUGCAAAGCCUGGAAAUAUUUCUAGUGAGUUAAAUCAACAUGACAGGGAGUAUGAUCCUAUAAUGAAACCAGAAAAUUCAGAACAGAACAAUGGUACAGAAAAUAGCCUGUACUCCAUGGGUGUUUAUUACUCGAAUUGGUCACCAUAUUCUCCAAGACUGUUCUUUCCACAUGACAUUGAUACUUCCAGAGUGUCACACGUUUAUUAUUCUUUUCUUUUAGUAGAUGGAGAUGAGGGUACCAUUAAAUCAAGUGAUACUUGGUCUGAUUUUCAAAUUGAUAUGUAUAAGCCUUUAUACCUAUCAUUGGGUCAAGUAGAUAAUGAUUUUGAUUCAGUUCCAAUUUCAAUGAAAAAGGAAUUACUUCCCAUGGGUUGUAUUGGGGAAUUCUUCUAUUUAAGAAAUACAAGAAUUCCUAUACAUGGCCCCAAGUCAACAGAUUUUAAAGUUUUCAUGUCUGUUGGUGGAUGGUCUAAUAGAGAAGCAUUUCCGAAAAUGGUGAGAGAUCCUCAAAAAGUUGAUAAGUUUAUUAAUUCAUGUAUUGACACCAUGUUUAUGUAUGGCUUUGAUGGAAUAGAUUUAGAUUGGGAGUUUCCCGAGGAUGACGGCUUCGAACCAAUGAUGUAUUUGGAUAUCAUAAAAAGGCUAAAAAUGAAGAUGUUAGAACUGGAAGCAACAAUUUACAAAGACGCGAUAAGUCAUAACACCUCUUAUCCACAUUUUGAGUUAUCAAUAGCUGCUCCUGCCUUUGAUGAAAAAUUAAGAAUAUUGCCAGUGCAACAAAUGGACAAGUUUGUAGAUAAAUGGAACAUGAUGACUUAUGAUUACAGUGGGGAGUGGUCAGAUGUGACAGGAUAUCAUUCAAAUUUGUUUUCACCACCAGAUGUUUCAGGUUCUGUCAUGAAAAGGUCACAAUCAAACUCCAAUGAAACACUAUGUGGGGACAAUGCAGUAAAAUAUAUGAAGGAUAAUUUAAAGAUCAGCUCAAGAAAAAUAAUAUUGGGCAUGGCAGCAUAUGGAAGAGGUUUCUCUGGAGUUUCGAAAUCAAAAACUAAUGGUAAAUUGACGGGUAAAAAGUUUAAUGGUGUUUCUGGCUCAUCACCAGAUGAACCAGGGGUUUGGCUUUAUAAUAAGUUACCUAUCAAAGGUUCAAAGGAAGAGUUUGAUAAGGAGUCUGUUUCAGCAUAUUGUUAUGAUCCAAAAUCCAAAAUAUUUGUGGCUUACGAUAAUAGUCAAUCAAUGGUAAUCAAAUCCAAAUAUGUGAGAGAUAAUAAUCUUGGUGGUGGUUUUUUAUGGGAAGCAUGUGGAGAAAAAUUAAAUAACCCUAAAUUAUCACUUAUUAAUUCAUUCACUUUUGAUAUGAAUAAUAUAGAUAAACAGAAAUCUAUGUUUAGCAAUAGAAAAGUACUUGAAUAUUACCUCAUGAAGUAUGGGAAACAAGGGUUUUUGUCUGGUUACAUAUUAUCUGUUCUGAAUAGAAUGAAUGAAACAUAA